AUGUCGUGGUGUACUAUCGAGUCUGACCCAGGCGUAUUUAAUGCCUUGAUCGAAGAAAUUGGUGUCAAAGGCGUGCAGGUCGAAGAGCUUUACACAUUGGACGAGCAACAGUUUGCCGAUUUGUCGCCAGUCUACGGACUCGUGUUUCUUUUCAAAUACGACUCGAACCACGCAAACGAUGCCAACAAUUCUGCCAUUGCGAGUCAAGAAGACGGAAUCUUCUUUGCUAAGCAAGUAAUCAGCAAUGCUUGUGCCACACAAGCCAUUUUGUCUAUCCUACUAAAUGCUGAAGACGUAGAGCUGGGUGAAACAUUAUCUGAAUUUAAAGCCUUUACAAGCGACUUUCCACCAGAUCUUAAGGGUUUAGCCAUCUCAAACAGUGACAGGAUACGGCUAACCCAUAAUUCCUUCGCUCGAGCUGAACAGUUUGUUGUAGAGAGUCGAAAUGCGACGGAGGACGACGAUGUGUAUCAUUUUGUAGCCUUCGUGCCUGUAAAUGGCAAAGUGUAUGAGCUUGAUGGACUUAAAGAAGGACCUGUUUGUCUUGGCGAGGUACCAAAUCCUGAAUUUCGUGACUCUUGGCUAAAGGUGGCAUGUCCUGUGAUUCAAAGGAGAAUCGAAAGGUAUUCGGCAACGGAAAUUCGCUUUAAUUUACUAGCGCUCGUCAAAAAUCGGAUACAGAUUUACGAAGAACAGCUUCAGGCUCUGAUUGAAGCUGGUGGAAGCGAACAAGAAGUGGCACAAAUUCAAAUAGAUCUUGCUGCUGAGCAACACAAACGAGAAAAAUGGGCACAGGAGAAUACGCGCCGCAAGCACAAUUAUACGCCUUUAAUCAUUCAGCUGCUUAAGUCGUUAGCAAUGAAAAAACAACUAGAGCCACUGAUCAAACAACAGCUUACGAAUGCACAGUGA